UUUCUAAAGUUAAAAUAUACUUUUCAAUCAACUAUUAUUUCUGCACCAUGUUUUGAUAUAUAACUCUCAUCUGCCAUUAUAUAUAUGGCAUUCCAUUAAUCUUCUCGUACUCUUUGCAAAAUGAACGAUCCAGGUCUCGAUGAACCCAUCUCCAACGAUGCCGAUGAUGUAGAGAAUCAGCAUCGUGAUGAGAGAGAUGAAACUAAGGAAGAUGAAGAUGCGUUUCUCAACCCAAGGUACGUAAAAGGGAAAGUCCUGCAGAUAUUGCUAUUUAAUUUAGAAUGGCGCACUUUACUAAAUCACUCCCCUAGUCGUUGGUGGUUUGCUAGUACCGCAUUUCCUCUCAUAGCCGGCACAUUUGGACCUAUGGCCUCAGCAUUUAGUAUUUGUGCAUUAGUUGUACGUUGGAGGGUGUCGAUACCACCAGAGGGAGCAGAAGAGCAUGGAAUUUACAUCGAGGACCCGAAAUGGUAUGCGCAUCGUACACUUUUUGUGGAAAUUAUGUUGACUCUAAAUCAGGUUGAUCGGAAUAAAUGCAGCACAGUUAGCAAUAGCACUCAUUUCGAAUCUAUUCCUCCUCUUAAAUAUGGCAGAAAGAGUUCGGUUCUCGAUUGCACAACCUAUUACGAUUAUAGGCUGGUACCUAUCAUCUUUUUCAUUAAUCGCUUUGACAGCUUGUGCUUCUGGGCCGUUGAUACUCCAGCCACUUGCUGCUCACGCCUAUACACAGGCAUUCUAUUAUGCGAUAUUUUCUGCCGGUCUUUAUUUCUUGGUGGCUAGUUUAAUGACGAUUACAGUAUAUGGAGCACAUAAAGGACAUUAUCCAAAGGAGUUUAAAUUGACCAUGAGUCAAAGAACUUUGAUGUUACAAACAAUCAGUUUUCUAGUAUAUUUACUUGCUGGUGCGGCGAUAUUUGCCCAUAUCGAAUCAUGGCAAUAUCUUGAUGCUGUUUAUUGGUGUGAUUUUACACUUUUAACAGUUGGUAUUGGAGAUUAUGCACCAAUGACACAUUUAGGAAGAAGUCUCUUAUUUCCUUUCGCAAUCGGUGGUAUCAUCAUUUUGGGUUUGGUUAUUGGCUCGAUUCGAUCGCUAGUGUUAGACCGUGGGAAGGUUAAACUAGGAGCAAGAAUGAUUGAAAAAGAAAGGAGACGUAUUUUAAAGAAAACCCAGAAGAAAAACAUCGCACUCUUGAAGCCUGUCGAAACAGCCGAGUCCGAAUCAAACAACACCCUUAUUAAUAAUGAUGGUCUUACGGAAAGAGAAAGACGUCAACAAGAAUUCGAAUUAAUGAGACAAAUUCAAGAAGAGGCAGCUACAAAACGUCGUUGGACUUCUUUAAUCAUUUCUGGAACUACCUGGUUUAUACUUUGGUUUAUCGGUGCAGCAAUAUUUCGAGCCACGGAGUAUACACAAAAUUGGAGUUAUUUCGAAUCCCUUUACUUUUCCUACACAUCUCUUCUAACCAUUGGAUAUGGUGAUUAUUAUCCACAAUCUAAUUCUGGAAAACCAUUUUUCGUUUUCUGGUCUCUUCUCGCGGUUCCAUCUCUUACAAUUCUUAUCAGCAAUAUGGGCGACACAAUUAUCAAGGGGAUUCGUGAUUUUACUCUUUGGAUAGGAAACUCUACUAUUUUACCCGGUGAAAAAGGGGUGCGACAUUCCCUCAAAGAGACGAUAAAUAAAUUGACAUUUGGAAAACUAUUUGAGGUAUCCAAACUACCUCCCGGUAUUGAUGGAGCAGCAGUCCCUCACAAUUCUGGCAAAACUACUGGACAUGAGUCGGCAAAAAAUGAUCCGGAAUCAGCAGCUCAGCGUGUUCAAGGUGACCGAGCAGAUAUCGAAACUAGAAUCGCAAGAAAACAAGCAGAGGAAAAUGAUAGCUUGCCUGAAAAUCUUCAUGAGUAUCAUUGUAUACUCAUCAAAGAAAUCGGAAAAGUGAUGAAACAUCUCAAUAGUUCCCCACCGAGAAAAUACACCUUCGAUGAAUGGGCAUGGUAUCUCAAACUAAUAGGAGACGAUGAGAGCGAAGCUGGUAAUCAUAGAAGAGCUGUUAGGAAACCGGAGAAUGGGAAAGAGCUAGGGGGUGCGAAGGGGGAGGGUGAAGAUAUAGGGGAGAAGUGGAGUUGGGUGGGAAAUAGAAGUCCGUUGAUGGGGAAUAAGGAGGAGUGUGAGUGGGUUUUGGAGAGGUUGUGUAGGACUUUGGAGGGGGAAUUGGAGAGGGUGAGGAGGGAGGAUGUAGAGAGAUGUGAUGAGGAGGAUAGGAAUGUUGUGCGGGGGCAGGAAAUGAAAAAGGAAAUUAUGGGAAAGGAGGGAGAUAAAUCUGGAGAUUGAUUGGUAGACGAUGGGUUGUUAUUUUGGGUUGUAUGGUAUGGCGUUGGUGGAGUAUGAUACCACGUUUUAGUCCGUUGCGACUUGUUUGGGUCUUUUAAGCAUACUAGCGCUUGAGCUUUACAAUUCCCAUUCUGUGUUUUAUAUUUUUCGGCGCCUGAUAUCUGUUUGUAUAUAGUAUAUAUCAAAAGAGGC